UGUGCUUUUCAGGCAUAAUUUAGGUGAAUAUAUUUAGCUUCUCGCAAGUUCUAGUGUCCGAAGUUUGUGUUUCGAUACGAAAUGUGAAAGACUCCAAAGCUCUGAGAUGGUUAGUUUAAGUGGAGACCGAGGAAGCGGGGGUUACUUUUUCAACCGAGAGGACAGUGCCAGUCCAGUGAUACCUUCUCAAGCCCAGGAGGAAGCCUUAGCUAAUGAUACAGCUUCUCUGGGUCUUCUACCAGAAACAAAGUUUCAUCCAAUUCGAACAGCAUGGAUUGCUAUUCUGCAAUUGAUCCUCUUUAUUUCAUUUGAAUCCCUUCAAUUUAUUUUUCCUAACAAAAAACUCAUGGGUGAGUCCUUGUCACUUGGUGGUACAGAUCCUCCAUUCAGCUUCCUCAUCUUACUCCAUGUGGGGUUGUGGGUGAUUAUAUUUAUCUGUGACAGAGUUUUACAAUUUCAACAUCAUCAAUCCCAAGCUAAAGGUUACCUGGAGUUCUUUAGAGAAACAAAGGAGUUACGAAGAAUUCCACACUCAGUGUUAUCACUAGGAAAUGCUGUUCUGUUGGUUUUGUAUGCAGUCAUUGGUCAUGAUUCAAAGGAAUCUGACAGAGGUGGCCUAGCACUGUACAAUAUAUUGCAGAUUACUUUCACUAUUGAGUUUAUUAUUUCUGUACCUGGGAUUCUGUGGUACAUAGUUAAAGUUUUUAAGUUUAAUGCAAGGCAACCACUCCCAGAUGCAGAGGACUCAGACUUUUUUAACGUUUACACUAACAAUGGGGUAUCUUCCCUUUCCACAACAGGAUACAGAGACAAUGAUUACUUGGAUGAAGUCUUGGAGAAACAAGCGGACAUGAUCCGAUAUUUGCAGCAACACAACACCAACUUGGGCAAACGACUGAUGAAACUAACUGCACAACAAGGCCGAGGAAGCUUGGAGGCCUGAUCCUGUUUGUAUUCGGCUUACAUGAAGUUCCAAGGUCCCUACGCUAGGUCAAUAGUCCUUUUUACAGUUGUGGGCUUGGUGGCCAAGCCUUUGAACGGGACUGAGGUUAAGGGUGACCCUGUUGGG